CUAGUGUUGUUGAAAAAAAUGUAUUCAUUGAAAUAAAACCAUCAAUAUUUGUUUUUAUGUUAUUUAAUUCAUCAAUACUUAUAACUUGUCCUCGAUAGACAGUCAUUAAUGGUUUUAAUGUUGAUACGGAUUGUGAAUGAAGUAUGGACAAUUGUUCAUGUAAAUCGGUUAUAAAAAAACGAAAUUUUAAUAUAUAAUCAAUAUGAGGUUCUUCAGAUACUGCAAGGUCAAAACAUGUGUGAAGAAGAAGCAGAGAAAAAUGUCCAGAUGAUCUGAUAUUUAUUUUAAAGAAAUUUUGAUUAAUGUGAGACUGUUUUUCAUGAAAGUUCACGAUUAGUUCAUACAUUUUUCAGCUCUUUUAUAUAGUACAUCUGCAGAUGAGUCUCUGGCAUUUUACGCUGACAACAGAUGAGCCUUAAUCAAAGAACAUGCUAAAAUUAUAUGAGGUGGUUUAAUACGACUAAAGACUAGAGACAUAAACUAUAAUUUAGUUCAGUAAAUGAAUUUAGUGGUUUCACAAAAAUGAUCUGUUUCAGAUUCAAAUAGUGCCGCAUAUUUUUUUAAUUAUGCUCUAUUUAAUGGCACAAAAAAUUGUAACAAGCGUGGUUGGUCCCCUAAAAAAGAUCAAAAAAUAAAAUUGUUCUGAAAAGCAUCAUAUUUCAGGAAGAGUUCAUUUUUUUUGCAAAGCACACAAAGCAAGCAACACUUGAAAUAUAAAUCAGACAUAUUCUGGAUCUAGUCUCUCUAAGCUGUUGAUUAAUAAAAAGAAUUUUUCGUUCGAAUCUCUGUUUUCGUUGUAAGAAUACUAUUUUCCGAACCAGUCGCUUUCUCAAACAAGUAUCAGAAGUAUAGUGAAAUAGCACCUUUUAUCUGGUCUUAGAAACAUUUUAUGUUGUUAAUGAUAUUUAUUGGAAUUGAUCCACUUGCCGAUGAGUCGAUUGUGUAUGGUGAAGAUACAUGUUAUAUUCGAGUUAUCCGUAUUCACAGUAUUCAUUUAUAUUCUCUUACAACUGAAUUAUUACCUAAAAAAUUUGUUCCAUUGAGAAUAAUACCAUCAGAUUCUGAGAAAAAUCCUAUUUUAUUUUGUGAUGUUCUAAGUUUAUUGACAUUUACAUGGUCAUUAUCCAAUAUACGUGUAGCUAAUCUAAGACCAAUUAUUGGAAAUGUUUCAUUAUCUUUAGCUCGUACAUUUGCCAUGAAUUUAGAAACACUUUCACCUGGUCGUUUAACAAUUGAUAUACGUUUAACAACGACAAAAGAUCAAUUAUUAACAACAAAUGAAUUACAUGAUUCAAUUGAUUUAACAAUAAUUGAACAAUUUAAAAUUGAUAAUUUUGGUGAAACACAAACAAUUUUAUUAAGUCCUAAUUCUCGUCUAUCAUUAAAUUAUAUACCUAAUGAUGUUGAAUUAGAAUUAAAAACAUCAUCAAUUGUUAAAUUAAGAGCAAUAGAUAAUAGUUUAGAAGCAAAUUCAAUGAUAGGUGAAACAAUAUUGUAUUUAAAAUAUCGAAAUAAAAAUAGCAAAACAACAUCAAAAUCAUCGAUUGUUGGCGCUUAUCUAGUGCAAGUAAAACCGAUUCAUUAUAUGUUAUUACGAAGUUUUUUACCCGUCGAAACAGCAUCACUAUUAUCUGCUGUACCCGUUGAUUAUAAACUUCCAUUAAUAAUUAGUUAUCAUGAUGAAUUUGGAAGAAAAUUUGAUUCAACAUCGGUUUCAGUUCGCGUAUGGUUACAUCGUCGUGACAUGAUAUCUGUGUCAUCUGAUUCACAUAAUACAACAUAUGAACUAAUUCUAUUAACAAAUGGUACAAGUAUUGUUGAAUUUGGUAGUAGUGAUUUAUCUUAUAAUAAUUUACGUUCUUAUAUAUCCAUUCAAGCUGCAUCAGGUUUUCUUAUGCCAAAAUUUUCGUCAUCUGAUCAAUCAAAGACAAAUAGGAUAGAUUCUUAUGUUGUUGGCGAUAUUAUUUGUUUUGAAUCACGUCUAUCUUCUCUUACAUAUGAUCACAAUACAAAAACAACAUUAGAAGAUGAUAGUAAUAGAAAAGAACGUUGGAGUGGCGCUGAUGGUAUGAUUAUUGAUCGUAAAUAUGGCAUUGGACAAUUAUUAGUCGACGGUGAAAGACAUUUACAUUAUCAGAUUGAUGGACAAGUAUUGACAAGUGAACGAUUUAAUGUACAUUUACCAAAACAAUUAAGAUUAUUAACAAUAGAUAAUGAUUUUAUACGAAAUAGUGGACAACAUAUUCCUGUUAAAAAUUAUUCUUAUCCAGUUAUCUUGGGUAGUGGUCAAGCAAAUGUCCAUGGUUCAUGUCAUCGUGAAAGAUUCGAACAUGCUCAAUCAAAAGAUAUAUUUCGUCCACCAUUUCAAUGUAAUCUCGAAUUUAUUGAUACAAAUGAUAAAUCAUCAUUAACUCAUUCACAAUAUAAAGUAUCAUCAAUAUUUGAUGUUCAUCCUAUAUUUGAUAUAGAUUUACCUGGAUGGUCAUGUAAAAUUCAACCAAUUCUAUCUUCACAUCAUUCUUAUCAAUUGAGUACACUUGAAAAUUUUUUAAGUUUAAAUGUUCAUAGUAAAGAAUAUAAUUUAAAAUCAAAUACAAUUAAAAUUGAAUUUCAGCCAUUAUUCUCCAUAAAACCUUCAUCUUUUAUUACUAUUUCUGAUGAUCAUCCAUUAUCACACAUUCGCAUCUAUACAACUGGAAAAAAUGAAAAAUAUAUUCCAUUUGUUUAUAAUGUUGAACUAAAAACAGAUGAACGACGAACUAAUGAACCAGUCUAUAUUUAUCUGACAAAUACAUUGACAGGACAAGAAGAAAAACUUGAAGUCAAAUUACAUCGACGUUUAAUCGAUUAUCCUUUUGGACGUAUAUUAUCCAGUCUACUCCUUUGUAUUAUUAUUUGUUUAAUUGCAUAUUCUCUCGUUAAUUUUUUUAAUCGUACAAAAAAUCAACAAAUUUCAAUGAUACCAAAAAAAUUACAGCAACAAUCUCCUAUAUCACGUGUCUGCAUUUCAUCUCCAAAUGAAAAUGAAAAUCGUCUAUUACAACGAGAUGAUAUUUUUGAUUAUGGUAACACAUCAUUUCGAAAUAAUGAUUCUUUUUCACCAUCCAAACAACAACAACAGCCAGUUGUGCGUUUAUAUUCUGCACAAGAUAUACGGUCAAGACAACUCCAAUCACCUCGUACAACUGCAAGUAGUUUUGCAAUAGGAAAUAGUAGUAAUGUUGCUGGUGAUACAACAAAUUAUGAUCAUGAUUUUUCAUCUAGACUUCAACGACUUUAUGAACAGUGA